AUGGUGAGCUCUGCUCUGGGUUGUACUUCACUUCAAAUCGCCUCCACGUGCAUUUCUUGUGGCAGCAGCAGCAGUGAAAGGUAUAAUUGGAAGCAAAGGAAAUAUUAUUUUGGGCCUAUUAUUGGUAAUGGUGGAUUGGUGGAAAAGCAGCAGCUUCGAGGAGUGGUUUGUUUCUCGUCCAAGAAGAAAAAGAAGGAAUUGGGAUUCAUGGACCAGAUUCUUGAUUACAUUGAAGGGGGUCCCAAGUUGAGGAGAUGGUAUGGAGCUCCUGAUCUCCUCCCAAGGGAUGGAUCAGUGGAUGAAGAAGAUGAGGCUACAGUGACAGAAGAGGAAGAGGAAAAGGAAGAGGAAGGAAUCAGGGAUGCGGUAUUAGUAACAGAUGGAAAUAGUGAGAUUGGUCAGAUGGUAAUACUGUCUCUGAUUGUCAAACGAAUGCGAGUUAAAGCUCUGGUAAAGGACAAACGAGCUGCUAUGGAAGCCUUUGGCACUUAUGUUGAGUCAAUUGCAGGUUCCACAACUGAUAGUUCAUCUUUAAGAAAAGCUCUCAGAGGUGCUCGUGCAGUGAUAUGCACAAAUGAAGGUUUUGUAUCCAAUGUUGAAAGCUGGAAAGGAGUUGAUCACAUCAUCCUAUUGUCCCAGUUGUCUGUUUAUAGAGGCAAUAGCGGGAUUCAAGCAAUUAUGAACAGCAAUGCGAGAAAACUGGCUGAGCAAGAUGAAUCAGCACUAAUGGCCUCAGGAAUCCCUUACACUAUUAUCAGAGCUGGGGCAUUGAAGAAUACACCAGGAGGUCAAGGAUUCAGCUUCAAGAAGGAUUGUGCAACACAAGGAAGCCUCAGCAAGGAGGAUGCAGCCUUCAUCUGUGUAGAAGCUCUUGAUGCUGUUCCUGAAAAAGGAUUUAUGCUUGAGGUGGUUAAUGGUGAAGAGAAAGUCUCAGAUUGGAAACAAUGCUUUGAAGAAUUGAUGGGAAAAUCAGAUUGA